AUGGAUUUGAUAGGCCUGGUAAUCCUAGGCUUUGCAGUCUACGCCUACAUUGAACCAGUGGCGCAGGAAUUGAUCGAGGUCUCUAAUCGUCGCACCAUAGCGACAGUGGUUCUUUUUGUGCUGAUGGGUCUGGGUUCGCUGACGCUCAUUGUUGCCCUCUUUGGCUGCUGUGGGGCCUAUCACGAAUCACCAUGCCUCCUUGCCACGUACUUUAUCUUCCUCAUCCUCAUCUUCGCCAUCCAACUUUCUGGAGCUGCGGCUGGAUACUUUUACAAGGAGAAGUUAUAG